UUUCCCAGAGCAGGAACAAGGCUGGGUGAGUCCCAGCGGGACAGUCUGCAGGGAAUGGCCCAGGUUUGGCUCAAAGCAUCCUCUGCUGACUUGUCACUGUCCUUUCUCCAUGAACAGGUGCAGCCCCAGCAAAUGUCCAACAGCAGCUCCAUCAGCCACUUCCUCCUGCUGGCAUUGGCAGACACGCGGCAGCUGCAGCUGCUGCACUUCUGCCUCUUGCUGGGCAUCUCCCUGGCUGCCCUCCUGGGCAACGGCCUCAUCAUCAGCGCCGUAGCCUGCGGCCAGCACCUGCACACGCCCAUGUUCUUCUUCCUGCUCAACCUGGCCCUCACUGACCUGGGCUCCAUCUGCACCACUGUCCCCAAAGCCAUGCACAAUUCCCUCUGGGACACCAGCACCAUCUCCUACACAGGAUGUGCUGCACAGGUCUUUUUUUUCAUCUUUUUUGUUUCAGCAGAGCUUUCCCUCCUGACCAUCAUGUCCUACGACCGCUACGUGUCCAUCUGCAAACCCCUGCGCUACGGGACCCUGCUGGGCAGCAGAGCUUGUGCCCACAUGGCAGCAGCUGCCUGGGCCAGUGCCUUUCUCUAUUCACUGCUUCACACGACCAAUACAUUUUGCCUGCCCCUGUGCCAUGGCAAUGCCCUGGGACAGUUCUACUGUGAGGUGCCCCAAAUCCUCAAGCUCUCCUGCUCAAAUUCCUACCUCAGGGAACUCGGGCUCAUUGCUAUUAGUGCCAGUUUUGCACUUGGUUGUUUUAUGUUCAUUGUUUUCUCCUAUGUGCAGAUCUUCAGGGCCGUGCUGAGGAUCUCCUCUGAGCAGGGACGGCACAAAGCCUUUUCCACCUGCCUCCCUCACCUGGCCGUGGUCUCCCUUUUUGUUGGCACUAUCAUAUUUUCCUACCUGAAGCCCCCCUCCAUCUCCUCCCCAUCCCUGGAUCUGGCAGUGUCAGUUCUGUACUCGGUGGUGCCUCCAGCCCUGAACCCCCUCAUCUACAGCCUGAGGAACCAGGAGCUCAAGGCUGCAGUGUGGAGACUGAUGACUGGAUGCUUUCAGGAACAUUAAACUGCUGGACACUUUCUGCAAAUCACUUGUAAUAAAAGUCAUCUUUGAUACUUAUUGUUGGUUUAGUUGUAGAGUUUUUCCCUUUGUUUUACUUUUUUCAUAUGAUUUCAAAUAAAUGUCAU